AUGUCUGAGAAAUCCAAAGCCCUUGAUAUCAGACCCUCCCUCGACUCCGAAUCCGAGGCUGGCCCGUCAGCGCCCAAUGAGGCACCACCGCCAUCCUUUCAAGAAUCCGUUGAGAAUGACGCCGCAGCUUUCAAAACCCAGUUCGCAUGUAUCGAGAUCCGUCCGUCUGAUCGUAUCAGGCUCAUCAACUUUGAAGAGACCGACAUCUCGGCCGUGCACCAGGUGGUGAGGACCACCUGGUCAAGGGGCAUCGACAGGGUCCGGCCCUUUGGUGAGUCGCGAGAAAUGAAGCUCCAUGGAACUCCUUGGAGCUACAAAUCCAACGGAGAUGACGAUGCUCGACGGCUUCUGCUACACAGCCUGGUAUUUCGAAAACAAGAACCUGCACCUUCGCCCUGCGACUGGAUAGCCGUUUCAUUCGAUAGUAAUGACAAGCUCAAGAUAAUCGGCUCCCCGCCGCCAGAACUUGUCACCCGGCUUCUCCAAGCCUUCAGCGUCGAGAUCCAGAGACACGAAGCGACGGCGGACCGCGUCAAGAUCAAGUUCUGGGGCCAUCCGUGGACUCCCUCGGGCCAAGACACGGUGGCGACGAGCCUUAAGCUCCUGUCUCUGCUCAAAGUGCUCGAGAUCUGCGGCUUCACCUUAUAUGGCACCGUAGGCGCACGGCACGAGGACGAUACAGCGUCGGCAGACAUCAUGGUUUGUCAGCGGCAGAAGGAUUGGAUACCGGGGGCGCCGAUUCUACAUCGCUAG